GGAGUCCUGAUCCCCGAGAGAAUUACUCGACCACCCUCUCCAAAGGAGAAGGAGGGGAAGAAGGGCAAAGACAGGAGCAAAAAGCCGAAACCAGAGGGAGAAAGCACAGCAAGCCAGAAACCCACGGCACCUGCCAAAGGUAAUGGGGGGUGGGCCUGUGUAAGCUGUCACCGUUUUUACUGCGUGUAUGGCAUGUUGCAUCCACGAGAAACCCAACUUGGCCUGAGGGAGCAUUAGCUUCCUCCCCCUUCCCGCUGUGCAGCAAGGUCCUCACCUGGAGUACGCGGGAUCUUGCACUGAGCUAGUGGGAACUGUUCUCACGCUUACAAUUAAACUUUGCUGAACCGGGAUCUGCACGCACACUGUACGUCUGGGGCACGAACAUACGCUGUACGUCUGUCUAGUCCAGGAUGUGAACUAGCUGACCUAGUUGAGGGUGUUAUGUAGCAGUCGCACACGGCCAGGACUGACACCUAGCAGUCUCACAGUGUUUUUCGUCUGCAGAUCAAGAUGCCUAAGUAUUACUCUUUCCAUUGCACAGCCGUGGUCCCUGGGACUUAUGAAGGGGAAGUGACUUGUCCGAGAUCGCACAGCGAGUCUGUGGCAGGGCUGGGAGUAGAUCCCCAGGGUCCUGCUUGGCAGACUGCUUCACUGGGGGGACAGGCUCUCUGGUCCUUCAAGUAGGGGUUGGCAGUCUUUGCUUCUGGUCCCAGCUCUGCCACUGGCUUACCAUCUCACCUGGGCAAGGCACUUAACCCCUUCACAACCCAGUCCUUCCUCUGCGACUCUGAUCUCCCACCUCUGAGUGGUGAGAGCAAUGGGGGACACCCGCGGCAUCUGAGGAAAGAGCUUUUUGUACCCCUGAGUAGCUCUCCAAUUCCCCCGGCUGGUGCGUGCUCCGGAAGGCAGUGUGCCAGCCUCUUUCCAGCCAGUGGCUUGUCCAGCCCGAGCAGGAGUUGCAGGUAAGGAUAGCUUUUGAACAGAGCGCACAUUUGAAAUGAACGCUACGCAUCCGCGGAAGCUGCAAGCUCCAGGAAGCCGUGCCCAAGUUGGGUCACUGCCCAGGCACCACCCAGAGAAGGAUGCCACAAACACGGUGCCAGCCCAUCCCACGAUACCUGUGUGCAGCAAACCACACCGGAGCCAGGCGCCUGUGGUUUCCUUCUCAUUUCUGUUACUUGCACGCAUACAGAUGUAAGCUCCUCUGUGCCAACAGCUGCAAACCCUUGGUGGGGGCUGGUGCACAAUAAAUAGCUCAGUGCCGUGCCAGUGAUUUGGCAAAGCCAUACAGAUAAAGCAGAUUUUAGCUUGGUGUUUCCUGCAGUUUUAACGGAUUAGGGCCUGCCAGCCAUUUCCUUGAGUGCCAGCAUGGGGAGGCAGUGUAACAGGCCAGUAAUACCUCUGGCUCAGCCAGCUUUGUGCACCAGCUUCUGGAAGGAUUUGAUUCCCUUUGGUUGCAGGUCCACAGGCAAAGAGGUGGCUGUAGCUCCACAGCUCAGGUGCGAACCAUAGAUCCCACACGGGCUGGCGAGAAGCACCUAAAAGGCGAUUUUACCCCUAAACAGAUUAUCUGUGUUUCUCGCAACUGUUAAUUUGUGCAGCUAGGGAAGUAGGGCUGUUGAGCGACUCUAAAAUAGGAACCCAAAACCGUGCCGCGUCUUUCGCGUCGUCGCGUCAUCCGGGUUGCGAUUGCGGUCCACGAGACCCGUGUGCAGGCCCCGGACCGGCAGCAGCAGCUCGUGGGGCGCGGAGGGAUUCCCUAGGGACCGCGCGACUGAUGAACUCUCUCUCCAGGAAAAGGGAAACGCAAGGAAUCUCCUGAAAUGAAAGAGGACGAAGAAACCCAGCCCGUGCCUCUCACCGUGGAGUUGCACGUCCAGCUGCUUCGCUGGACGGCGGCGUCGGACGCCGGGAGAUGACAGCAAGGAGUCGGGACCCGCGCCCACACGCAGCCACGCGCGGGGUGUCAGGGACUGGAUCCUGUCCCAGUGCUUAAGAUGCCUCCCAGGAUCUGGAGGCUUGCACUGUAUGCUUUCUCAAUCACCGUGCUUGCAUGCCUUGUGUACCUAAAGAAGGAGACCAAGACCCUGGUGUCUCCGGCCGGCCGAAUGCCAGACGCCCCAAACUCCAGGCGCAUGUUUUGGGCCCCUGGGCAGACUGGACCCAGCCAGUGCUUGCCAAACCUGACCAUUGCCAACUCCUCUCUGGCUCUCCCAGAGCUUCACCGCCUCUUCUUAAUGUACAGGCACUGCAGGAACUUCGCAACGCUGCUGAGGCCCACGAGGUGCAGCCAAGAGACCUUCUUGUUGCUGGCAAUCAAAUCUCCCCCCAUCAACGUGGACCGCCGGAUCGCCAUCCGGAACACAUGGGGGAAAGAAGUGACCAUUGGCGGCAAGCUGGUCAGCCUGGUGUUCCUGCUCGGGCGGGCCGAGGCCAAAGCCCGGGGUCACUCCCUCCGCCAGCUGCUGGCUUACGAGAGCCAAGAGUUUGACGACAUGGUCCAGUGGGAUUUCACUGACAACUUCUUCAACCUGACGCUGAAGGAGCUGCACUUCCUCCGCUGGUUCGUGACGGACUGCCCACACGCCAGGUUCGUGCUGAAGGGCGACGACGACGUCUUUGUCAACACUUACAACAUCGUUGAGUUUCUUGCAGAGCUAGACUUCAAGCAGGACCUCUUUGUUGGAGACGUGAUCCACUACGCCCGUCCCAUCAGAAACACCAAAGUCAAGUAUUUUAUCCCGGAGUCGAUGUACAAAAAGCCCCACUAUCCUCUCUAUGCUGGCGGGGGCGGGUUCGUCAUGUCCAGGAGGACGGUGCAGCGACUGCAGCGCGCUGCCGAGGACACAGAGCUCUUUCCAAUAGAUGACGUCUUUGUGGGAAUGUGUCUGGCAAAGAUGGCUGUGACCCCGGUGAAGCACCCGGGCUUUAAGACCUUUGGCAUCCAGAGACCUUUUAAUCCGUUUGAUCCCUGUUUGUUCAAAGAGCUGAUGAUCGUGCACAAACUCACCCCAACCGAGAUGUGGCUCAUGUGGGUGCUGGUAAAGGACGACAGUAUUAGGUGUGCUCUGUCGGUGCCGCACAGUUACAGGACCGGUUGAAAACGAGACUGCUGACGCUGAGCGGGAGUAAAAUGUUGACUCUGGUGGUAACGACGGGGUGCUUAAACUGAUUAAAAACAAAGCUGUAGUGGAGGGUGCUCUUUUGUUUAACAGACGGUAGUUGGACGGUAGGAUAGCAUUGUGCAACGCGCCUCUUGCAGAGUCAUGUCUAGCUGGGGCACGAGGCACAGCACAGCUGAAUGCAGCACGGGGAAGGGAGGGGUUAGCUCAGGGACUCUCAUCGCCUGCUGCCACCCAAGCGGGCAGCAGCAAGUGAAAAGUCCUGGUUGCCCAGGGGCUGGUAGCGUGUGCGCAGGGUGGUGGUCUGGGCCAGGAAGUGGGGACUGAGGUUACAAUACAGCAGGGUGGAGACGCUCCUGUUGCUGGGCCCAUGAAGGGAUGCACUGUCUGGGGCUGCCAGUCUAGCAGACCUCACUAGCACUAUGUUCACACUGGGGGUGGGAGGCACCACCAGCCACCCAGAUAUCCUAUAACCCUAUCUUUGACUUAUUUGCACUGGAGUUUCUGCACAAGAACAGCUGACACUGGGGCUGGGAGGAGAAACCAAUCUUUGGGAAUCACUGUAAACCUUCUGGCUUUUUUUUUUUUUUUUUUUAUGG